AUGGCUUAUAUCAUCAGGCUCCUCUGCCUAUCUCCCAAAGAAGAUGAUGACUUGAUGGGUAUUACCAUAGCAUUACAGACUCAUCAUCUGAAUCCUAUGUCUCGUGAUAUAUCCCCUUCAUCCCCGGGUCUCCACUCGAUUGACGAUACCGUCAAAACGAAGCAGACGCAGCAUUCACGUAGUCUUUCAACUGGCCCCGACAGCCGCGAAGAUACCGCCCACGAGGGUCUUGUCGAAGAUCACCAGUCUCUCACGAAAGCCAACAUUCAAACCAGCAACAGAGAGACUAGAGAGUCUGACCAGCAAUUAGUUGCAUCCCAACACUUCAGAACCCACCAGAAUACUCGUGAACCAACGCGAACUCCGUCUCAAAACCAGUCCGAAGAAAAAGGGAAGACAAGUCCUGUGAACACCAUUUAUCAGAGCACCGAAACUUCGCGCCAUACCGGAAAGCAAAAUACCAGGAGCAGCAUGCCUCAAUCAUCCUCUUCUUCAGGUUCCUCGGGUAGUUCUUCGUCGAGCCAAUACCCGCUACCAUAUGCUCCAUUUCCUUUCCCUAUUCCUCCAGGCCAGGGGCAAGGACAACAGGGUGGACAAGGACGCUAG